GAGCGAUGCUGAAUCAGUGCAGGAGCGGAGGAGCAGAGGAGGCUGGAAAUGGUGCAGCAUCAACAAGGGAAAAAGGCGCAGCGGUCGCGCCAACGGAAUUAUGCGGCUCUCCUUAAACUCUCACUUUGAGAUUUUACUCCGUCGACAGAAGAACAGGUAAAUGGCAGGGUUUGGUAAAGUGCUGGCCAGCCGAUGCAGUGCGUAGGGCCCGGUGUCCACGGCGACGAAAACAUGAACGGGGCGGGGGAGCAGGUUGACAUCCUGCCCUCCAACUGCUUGGUCAAAGAGCGCUGGAAAGUGUUGAAGAAGAUUGGAGGAGGAGGGUUCGGGGAGAUCUAUGAGGCCUAUGACCUGUUGACACGAGAGAAUGUGGCUCUUAAGGUGGAAUCUGCCCAACAACCAAAACAAGUGCUAAAGAUGGAGGUUGCUGUGCUGAAGAAACUACAAGGGAAGAAUCAUGUUUGCAAAUUUAUUGGAUGUGGAAGAAAUGACAAGUUCAAUUACGUUGUCAUGCAGUUGCAGGGAAGGAAUCUCGCUGAUCUCAGGAGGAGUCAGCCUAGAGGGACAUUCAGUAUGAGCACGACUCUACGGUUGGGAAAACAGAUUCUGGAGUCCAUUGAAGCCAUUCACUCUGUGGGCUUCCUGCACCGAGACAUUAAACCUUCUAAUUUUGCCAUGGGACGAUUGCCAUCUACCUGUAGGAAAUGUUACAUGCUGGACUUUGGUUUGGCACGACAGUACACUAAUACGAAUGGGGAAGUGCGGCCUCCCAGGACAGUGGCUGGGUUCAGAGGGACAGUACGCUAUGCUUCCAUUAAUGCUCACAAAAACAAGGAAAUGGGUCGUCAUGAUGAUUUGUGGUCAUUGUUUUAUAUGCUGGUGGAGUUUACCGUUGGACAAUUACCAUGGCGUAAGAUAAAAGAUAAGGAGCAGGUGGGACAGAUUAAAGAGCGCUACGAGCACAGGAUGCUGUUGAAACACAUGCCUGCUGAGUUUCAUGUCUUCUAUGACCAUGUGCUGGAUUUAGAUUACUACACCAAACCUGAUUACCAGCUGCUAAUGUCAGUAUUUGAGAAUAGCAUGAAAGAGAGGGUGAUAACAGAAAAUGAGCCUUAUGACUGGGAAAAAUCUGGAACAGAUACAGCCCUCCCUACCAGCACACACACACCACCACAACAAAACACACGGCAAACUGCUGCUAUUGUGGGGAUGGUGAAUGUGACACCAGUACCUGGUGAAUUACCAAGGGAAAACACUGAUGAUGUCCUUCAAGACGAACACCUGAGUGACCAAGAGAACGCUCCACCUGCUUUGAUACCCAGCAGGCCUAGCGAACCUGCUCCAGCCCCACCUGCUUGUGAAGGGUGGGAUGAAACUGACUUCAACCGUAACAAACUCAGGAUCAGCAUCAGUAAGACGCAAGUAGCAGCAGAGGAUGGGGAGGAGCCUGCAGGAGGAGGGAGGUCUGUUUCCCCAGCUAGGGGAGGAGAAGCAGACGCUCAUGCCCGCCCUCCAAGGUACCGGAGAGUAAACAGCCCAGAAUCUGACCGCCUGUCUGCUGCAGAGGAUAGAGGAGAUGCUGCGGAUAAACGCUCUCGUUUGGACAUACUGGGUUCUCCAUCCAGGCACGUCUACUCUUCCCAGCCUGCUCAAAUGUUCUCUGUAGAUGCUGGGCAGGGAGAACGACUGGCCGGUGGCCACCAUGAUGUCUCUGCAGAUGGCGACCAGGAAGCCCACAGCAAUGCCUUCAUCCGUUCAGUCCCACUGGCAGAAGAGGAGGACUUCGACAGCAGGGAGUGGGUGAUGAUUGAUAAAGAAACAGAGUUGAAAGACUUCCAUCCUGGGGCAGAGCCCACCACCUCAGGCACCACGGAUGAGGAACCAGAGGAAUUACGCCCCCUUGAGGACCACGAGGAGAGGAGAAGGAGAGGACAUAUGCAUGGCAUGGGUGGAGCUGAGGCUGUGGUGCGACCCAAAACACAACGUGGGAUGAUGAUUGUAGCAGAGGAGGAGGGGGCGGGACCAAGCCCUGUCCAUUCACCUUGUCACUCGUUGCCUCAUACCUGCCCAAGGAGAAGGGAGUCGGAGCCGUUUGGACCUGAUGGACCGGAGGCUGCAGUGGCAGAGCCUUCGCCUUCUUCCUCUCAGACGCGUCUGAAGCGAGUUGACUUUGUGUCUGGCGUGUUGAUGUUUGAUGAUCUGAGAGAGGAGGGUGUGAAGACUGGAGGCUCAGGCAGUGAUGGAAGCCCCCGCAGUAGUGAGGGAAGUCCAGAGGGCGCUGCAUCCACCCUACUCGCCCCGGCCCACCGAGACCAUGACCAGGAAGAGGGCUCACGCACACUGGUGCUUGUGUCUGCUGGUAAUGGGCAGGUUUCGCCUGGAGACGGGCAGGGAACUCUUGCCGCCUUGACACCGCAGGGAGAACGACCCGUGCCGGAUGAAUCUGAACCCGGGACUCUCUCCUCUGUCAUUAGAUCAGAGCCCAGGCCUAUUGUCAUGACAUCUGCAGCUGUGAUCACCAGUGGCUCUUCCUCUCCUCCAUUCACUAAGGUGGAACGCACUUUCAUCCACAUCGCUGAGACGACACAUCUCAAUGUCAUGACAGCCAGACACCGUCUGCCGGGACUGGAGGAGCUGAUGUCUGCUGAGCGUGAGGAGACAGGUGGAAAGAAAGAGGAGAGAGAAAGGGUCAGUGAACGAGAGAGAAAGGAAAGUGAGGGGAUUUCAUUAGAAAGAGGAGAGGAUGAAGGGAAAAAGGAAGAGAGUGAUACUGAAGAAAAAGUAAAGAAGAGUGACCGAGAAGAAGCAGAGUCCUUGUGUUUACCCGAAUCACAUGACCCACCAGAAACUACAGUUAUUGAGGAAGAAGUCAAACUGGAAGUCAGACCAGUGGGUGUUUCACCAGAUGAAGACCGUCAAAAGGAACAGGAGCAGGGGCAGCAAGAGAGUCCAUCACUAACACCUGAACAAAACAAAGAUGCAGAGGUGGAGGAUGAGAAGGCUAUGUCUCCACCAGAGGCGGAGUCACCUGAUAGGAAGCCACUCCCACAGAGGCGGAGCCGUAUCCCUGUGCUUAUGUCAGAGGAGGAAACGGGCUCAGACAAGUCAUCGCAGACAAGUCAAGAGCAGUUACAGCGAACUCGCAAAAGCCGACAACAACAGUUGGCUCGUCUCGUCCUGGAGCGUAAGCAAACCCACCUGAUUCGCUCUCGCUCCGCAUCCUCGCGCUCCCCGACACUUUCAACCACUGCAUCUGAAGAUGAAACCCACCAAUCAGAUGACUCAGCGAGAGGAGAAAAAGGAGCAGAUGGCAAAAUUAGGAGCAGGAUUCCUCGUCCAGUCACACCUUUCAGGGGCUCAACCGACCAGGUGGGGGGCACGACCCUUCCACAAACCCAGAGAUCUGUGUCUUUCAUUCAGUAUAGAGCCAACAGUUCUGUCAAUCCCAGGAUUCAAAAGUCUGCAAGUCUGCACACAAAUAUCCAUCAGCAGCCGUCUAAACCUCAGCUCCGUCCGUCUAAAACACUUCCACCCCGUCCUCCAUCUUCAGGACCUUUCCAGUCACAGGGAAGUCGGACCGCCACACGUACCGUUACUCGUACCUCAGCUGUUAAUGCCACCCGAAGCAUCAGCACUUCCCCUCGGAGCUACGCCACCUCUCGCACUGACAGCCCUUCGCCUCAGCGCAUUCGCCGACAGCCUGCAGCCAAUGAAACGCAACGACAGCCUAAACCUCCUUGCCCACCGCAGUCCAAAUCCAAACCUCAGGAUUCCACCCCCAAAAAGAGUAAAACCCACCCAUCAACCUCAUCGCAAAAGGCAAAGAAAGAUCCAGUGGAGUCAAAGACUAAAACAAGAUAAUUAAGACUUCCUGCAGGUGAUCUUCGUCCUGAGCAUCAUCUUCACAAUCACACUCUGAAUCAUCAGUGUUGGACUGUACUUCUCAUUAAACACAACAAACUCAACCAAACAAUAUGAAUGGAUGUGUUUGUUAUUCCGCCAAGUGACUGCAGCAGCUACGAAAUACCUCUAAUGAGGAGAACCUCUGACAUUUAUACACACAUGCACUCAAUGUGUGUGUGUGGGCGAGUUGUCAUUAAUGAAGUGUGUUGGACAGAUGAACACACCUCAUAUGCCUUAAAAUAAUAAUUGCUGCCAUCACAACAAAGCUUCCACAGGCUCUACCCUCCUGUCAACGCCACUAUCAUGUUCAAUAAUACAACCAAUCACAUUGUACACAUUAGUAUUGGGUUCUACUGCAGCUUUAAAGCUUUUAAAUAAGUAACAGUACAUGCUAUUUAUUUUAAUUUAAAUUAUUUCCAAAACGUACAUUUUUGACCAACAUCACAAUAUCAGAAUCGGGAAAAAAUAGCUUUAUUCAAACUUACAAAAACCUUAAAUGUUUCAAAUGUCCCAAAAGCAAUUAUUACUCAACAUGCUUGCGUUUGGGACAGACUUUUAUAUCAACUUCUGCAGUCAAUUUAUGUGUGCUGAAAUUUGUAUUUAUCUCAAAUAAUAAUAUAAUAAUAAUAAAUAGUCAUAUGCACCAAAACAUGGUGGUUCUGUGCAUAAGAUGCAUAAAAAUAUUCUAAAUUUAAUCUCUACACAGAACUUAAGUGACUAACCUUGCUGCUACGGUUUGAUGUCAAUCAUACAAUCAUCUUGACCCCGCCUACUGUCUCUGAUUGGGUCAAUCAAUCCGUGACUCUCGUCUGCUAAAUUUAUUUUUAACCCGAUCCCGCACCAGCGGCAUGCAUUUGGAAAUGCUCGUCCGCUUCUGUUUAUUGUAUUUUGCAAAACUGUAGAUAAUGUAAGCAGUACUUUUGGAAAAAAAACAAAGUUAUAUUUUUGUUCCAAAAAACAACAAAAAAGAUUAAUGGAUGAAAAUAGUACUAAGUUGCAUUUUUCCCAGUUUCAGGCUGAAAAUGCACCGUUCUGAUCUGUAUGCAAACUUUACAGUUCAAAGAAUGUUUGAGGAAGCUAAAUGAAAGUCGAAGAGAACAUGAAAGCUUCUCAAAAAUCUGACACACCAAGGAGGAUAAAGCAGCAGGAAACGAUAAUGUGUGUUGAAGCAGCAUGUGUGGGGUUUGUAAAUGUGCUCUAGGAUGUUAUUUUAAUGCAGUGUCCACAGCAUGUGUUCAAAGGCUGGUAAUCUGACAUGGAGUUUAAAUGACUAAGGUGCUAUCAAAGAGUGUUUCUUCAUGCCUGCUCUAGUCAUUGGUGGUUUUUCCGUCCUGUGCUUGGAUUAAAACCCGAACAUCCAUGAAGAUUGUCACAUCAACGGAAGAGAAAAAUGUCCUAGUGCACACUAGCCAGUGUUAUUUGUGAGUUAACUUUAAGCAAGUGCUUCAUUUGGACCAUGCCCACUGCAGAACCAUUGCAUGCUGUUGUUUGGAUGAAAUAACAGGAAAAUACUGUGCAGUAUAUUCCAGAAUGUUCCAGCUGUGGAGAACCCAGAAGACUCUCUCUGCUCUUAAUAUCGACAAGAUCUGAGUAAAGACAUCUCCUGGUUGGUCAUCAUCUUCAGUGUGUUGCUUUGAGAUAGAGAGAAUUUGCAUGAAUGCGUUUCAUGAAUCACAAUUGACUAACUUAUACUAAGGAGCAACUUUUCUGAGAUAUACAGUUAAAAAUUAUAAAUGAUGCCAUUCAAUAAAUGCAAGUUCCAUCACUG